CCGUAUUAUGAUGUUAGAUACUCAUUUCUGGUUGGCUUGGAUUCUGGGUGUCCGAGUGUUUUCUGGGUUUUGUUUGUUUCUAGAGUUCGGGUCUUAUAGUGCAUUAGCUUUCUCUUUGUUUUUUCUUCCGUCUGAUGCUAGGGUUUGGGUUGCUCUGUGCUUGUUCAUUGUCUAGAUUGAAGAACUUGUUGCUUCUACUUGAUUUGAGAUCUAGUGAUCUUCUGGGUUUACCUUACUGUUAUGGUUUCCUUCAUUCCAGUUCUCUCACUUGCAUUAGCCUUCUCCUCGACAUUCUUUCUUGUUUCCCCUUCAGGUGUUGUGGUUAAUUUCUGCAAUAUUUGGUUUCUAGUUCUAGAAGUUUCUUUCUGCUUGAUUUUGGUUGUGGGUAUUUCUGGGUUUUGUCAGGUUUUGCCAGGUUUUGCAUGUUUUCUUUGAUCUGUGCCCAAAGAUUGGUUCUUUGUGUCGUAUGACAUUCUUAAAGGCUUGAAAGUUGUGAACUUUGGUCACCUGAGUGUUCGACUAGCUGAGCAGUGGUUGUAUCAGGUUUCUUAUGCUUUUGUCCUGUCCAGGCUUUAGAUUUUGUCUUUGGGUGUGAAUUUGGUGUCGUGUAUAUGGGAAUCCCUUCCGAGGCUUGAAACAAUUUCUGAGUUUGGGAUUGUUCAUUUGUUAACAUGAUGAUACUAUUGUUUGUCUAGCUCAGUUACUACUUUGAGCUGGAAAAAUCCUCAAGAUCAUUAGUUAGGUUAGAUGUCUAUAUCCAUGAUUAUCUGGUGAAAAGAGAUUUAAAAGCUACAGCUCAAGCUUUUCAAGCAGAAGGGAAAGUGUCAUCAGAUCCAGUUGCUAUUGACGCUCCCGGAGGCUUUCUGUUCGAAUGGUGGUCUGUUUUCUGGGAUAUAUUUAUCGCCAGAACCAAUGAGAAGCACUCCGAGGUCGCUGCUUCAUACAUCGAGACGCAGAUGAUGAAAGCCCGGGAGCAACAAUUGCAGCAUCCUCAGCAUCCUCAGCUCUCACAGCAACAGCAACAACAGAAGGUUCAAAUGCAGCAACUUUUGUUGCAACGUGCACAGCAACAGCAGCAACAACAACAACAACAACAACAACAGCAACAACAACAGCAGCAACAACAGAACCAGCCUCCUCCUCAACAGCCACCGCCUCAGCAGCAACAACAGCCAGCAGCUCAGCAGCAGCAGCAGCAGCAGCAGCAGAGGAGAGAGGGAACCCACCUCAUGAAUGGGACAACUAAUGGACUGGUUGGUAACAGUGACCCAAUUACGAGGCAACAUCCUGGGCCUACCAGUUCUUUAGCUAGUAAGGUGUACGAGGAGAGAGUCAAAAUGCCGCCACUUCAGAGGGAUUCUAUGGAUGAAGCUGCUAUGAAGCGAUUUGGUGAGAAUGUCGGGCAAUUGUUGGAUCCAAAUCAUGCAUCUAUGUUGAAAUCCGCUGCAGCUUCCGGCCAGCCUUCAGGGCAAGUGUUGCAUGGUUCUAGUGGUGGGAUGUCCUCACAGGUUCAAGCUCGGAAUCAGCAACUUUCCGGGUCUACAGCGGCAAUAAAGAGUGAGAUCAAUCCAGUUCUCACUCCUAGAGCUGCAGUUCCAGACGGGUCGUUGAUUGGGAUUCCUGGUUCAAAUCAAAGCAACAACAACCUUACACUUAAAGGAUGGCCUCUCACUGGUUUUGAACAGCUUCGUUCGGGUCUUCUUCAACAGCAAAAACCCUUUAUGCAAUCUCCUCAGCCCUUCCACCAACUCCAUAUGUUGACCCCACAACAUCAGCAGCAGCUUAUGCUUGCUCAACAAAAUCUGAGCUCACAAUCUGUUAGUGAAGAGAACAGAAGACUUAAAAUGCUAUUGAACAACCCGAGUAUGAACAUCGGGAAAGAUGGCCUCGGAGGUUCUGUUGGGGAUGUGUUACCUAAUGUUGCUUCGUCUUUACAACCUGGUGGCCUUCUUUUACCUCGUGGAGACACCGAUAUGCUACUAAAGUUAAAGAUGGCUCUUUUGCAACAGCAGCAACAACAUCAGCAACAGCAGCAACAGCAGCAGAAUUCCGGGAAUCCACCACUUCAGCAGCACGCUCUUUCAAAUCAGAAUUCUCAGAGUUCGAAUCAAAAUCUUCAUCAGCAAGAUAAAAUGGGAGGCACUGGUAGUGUUACCAUGGAUGGAAGCAUGUCGAACUCGUUCAGAGGAAAUGAUCAGGUUUUGAAAAACCAGCCCGGGAGAAAGAGAAAGCAACCUGUAUCGUCUUCCGGGCCUGCCAAUAGCUCGGGAACCGCUAACACGGCCGGACCAUCACCAAGCUCGGCACCUUCUACACCUUCGACUCAUACUCCCGGAGAUGUGAUUUCUAUGCCUAAUCUUCCUCACAGUGGCAGUUCCUCCAAAUCAAUGAUGAUGUUUGGCACUGACGGAAAUGGGACUCUUACCUCGCCGUCAAAUCAGUUGGCUGAAAUGGAUCGUUUUGUUGAAGAUGGGUCUCUUGACGAAAAUGUCGAGUCUUUUUUAUCAAACGAGGAUGGUGAUCCACGGGAUUCUGUCGGGCGUUGCAUGAAUGUUAGUAAAGGGUUCACAUUUACGGAAGUGAACUCAGCCCGUGCGAGCACGAGCAAAGUUACUUGCUGCCAUUUCUCAUCGGAUGGAAAACUACUUGCCAGUGGUGGGCAUGACAUGAAGGCUGUAUUAUGGUACACGGAUACGAUGAAGCCAAAAGCUUCCCUCGAGGAGCACUUAGAUUUAAUAACCGACGUUCGUUUUAGCCCGAGCAUGCCUCGGCUUGCAACUUCUUCCUUUGACAAAACAGUUAGGGUAUGGGAUGCAGAUAAUAAAGGAUAUUCGCUCCGUACGUUCAUGGGACAUUCUUCAACGGUUAGGUCAGUAGAUUUCCAUCCAAAUAAGGAUGAUCUCAUUUGCUCUUGUGACGAAGAUGGCGAGAUAAGGUACUGGAGUAUCAACAAUGGAAGUUGCGCCCGAGUGUUUAAGGGUGGAACUACCCAGAUGAGGUUCCAGCCUCGUCUAGGAAGGUAUCUCGCGGCAGCAGCAGAGAACGUUGUAUCGGUUCUCGAUGUCGAAACGCAGGCUUGCAGGCACUCUUUGCAGGGCCAUAAUAAUCGGAUACACUCCGUUUGCUGGGACCCAUCUGGUGAAUUUCUGGCAUCGGUGAGCGAAGAUUCGGUAAGAGUCUGGUCGCUGGGGUCUGGUAGCGAAGGGGAAUGCGUCCACGAGCUAAGCUGUAACGGAAACAAGUUCCAGUCCUGCGUUUUCCAUCCGUCUUACCCGUCGCUACUCGUAAUUGGCUGUUACCAGUCAUUGGAACUAUGGAACAUGUCGGAGAACAAGACAAUGACGUUACCAGCACACGAGGGUCGCAUCGCGGCAUUGGCCGUAUCGACGGCGACUGGACUUGUUGCUUCCGCCAGCCACGACAAGUUUGUGAAACUCUGGAAGUGAAUCCAUCAAGACAAAUGUAGCAAGACUUUGGUCCAAACGAUGAACCCCUUACUAGGAACUCUCAGGUCACUUUCUGCUUCUCUUUCUCGGUUUUUAUUCUCGGCCUCUUCCCGAUCUCGAAUAGUUGUCACGUGUUCGUCAUCCGAUCUGAAAAUUUCGGGCCCGUGAACUGUUGUUGUAGCAGUGCUUUUCUUUUAUCUGUUCUUGUUUCUGAAACCUUGUAUGUUUGAUGGAAUGAAUGAUGAUGCAUUUCUUGGUUA